AUGGCAGCUGGCGGGUCAGCACCGGAAUUCUUCACGUCAAUGGUUGGCGCUACUAUUGCACAGAAUGACGUGGGCUUCGGCACCAUAGUUGGGUCUGCUGUGUUCAACGUGCUCUUUGUCAUUGGCUUGUGCGGCUACGUGGCAAAGGGAAACAUCGAGCUCACCUGGUGGCCACUAUUUCGGGACUGCACCUUUUACAUCAUCUCCCUUGGCGUGCUAGCUGCUUUUACCUACAACCAAAGCAUCGCAGCAUGGGAGGCAGGCAUCCUUUUCGCUCUGUACAUCUGUUAUGUCUGCUUCAUGUUCGUCAACAGGCCGUUGAAUAUUUGGGCGUACCAAAAAACGGGUACCCCCUUAAACAAAGAGCUCCGGGAGUACGUGGAGCAAAUGAACAAAUCCAAGACCAAAGUGGAGCCGGAGGAGGUGGUCGUGCCCAGCACGGGUGACCCCCCGCCCAAACCGGAAGCAGAGCAGCAGAAGCCAGAGCCCGCAAAAGACAAUUACAUGAAGGAAGACAAAGUCAUUGAGAAGGCUGAGGAGGAGGAGGCGACAGAGGAAAAGGAUCCUAAGGAGCCGAAGGAUGUGGAAAAGGCUGGCAAUGGCACUGAAGAUGGCGAGGACCAAGAUGAGGAAGACGAUGAUGAUGACGAUGACCCAGGAGAGUUCAUACUCAUGCCUGAAGGAAAGUGCGACCGAAUUCUUUGGGCCCUGGGACUUUGGAUUUAUUGCCUGUUGUAUUACUCUCUGCCUUUGCCUAGGAAAGGCUCGAGGCUCUUCCUGGUGACCUUUGCAGGGUCACUGGUGUGGAUCGGUCUCUUUGCCUUUUGCCUCGUCUGGUUGACAGACACCGUGACGACGGUCCUUGGAAUACCCACCAUCGUCUCUAGCGUCACUUUCCUGGCCGCGGCAACAUCGAUCCCGGACGCUGUCAGCUCCAUGGCCGUUGCCCGAAAAGGACAGGCAGAUAUGGCAGUUAGCUCGUCCGUGGGCUCCAACAUUUUCGACAUCCUAGUUGGUUUGCCAAUCCCUUGGCUGAUCAAGUGCGCGCUGGAAGCGAACAACCCUGCGUUCAAGGGUGUCACUAUCCGGUCGCCGUACCUGAUGUUUUACACAUGCGUCCUUCUUGGGAUGGUGUUUGGUACGGUCAUCAGUAUCAAGCUAUGCGGCUGGAAGCUGCAGAAAGCGCUUGGUGCAUGCAUGGCAGUGUUGUAUUUCGUCUUUAUCAUCACCACAGUAGUGGUGGAGCUCACUAGACCGGCAUGGCUAAUGACAAAUCCACCAGUUUAG